AUGUGGCAUCGUCAAAAGAAAUCGCAGAACGAAGAGAACUCGGUCCCAGUGGUCCCAGUGAAGCCGAGCCAGGCUCCAGCAAUCCCACCAAAGUCGGGGGAAAAGAAAUCCUUCAAGAAGAGAAUCCUCCAAUUCAGUGGGCUUACAUCGGCCCAUAAUGUUGAGGGAAAGUUGUCGGCGGCCGAAAUAAAAAGGCUCGAGGAAACGAAGAAUCGACUGUUCAAACAAGGAGGUCAGUUUUCACGAUUAGUGCAUUGGAUUUUAGGGAUAUAUACAGUAAUUCUUACGGCGAAAAGGCGAAAAAAAUUUUUGAUUUUUGAAAAAAAAAAUAUUUUUUUGUAAAUUUUUCCUGAAAUAAGGUUCUAAAAUACGUGCAGAUUUUAGCCACUCACAUUUUUACACCUAGAUUUUACAAUUUUUUAUAUUGUAAUAGUCACCUGAUCCCAUCAGCCCACUUUUUAUCACCCAAAGCAAUAUAAUUUCCCCCGAUUUCGCCCUCCGCGAAACGUGAAAUCCCCUUUGUGACGCAUCCCGGUUCCCCGUUCCCGCUUUUGUACACAAGAUUAACAUUUUUGGACUCAUCUCCCCGCCCGUCCCAGGUAUUAAAAACGAGUGGAAGAGGGCGAGGAGUGAUCGAAGCGAAGAAUGGAGAAGGUCAUCUGUGGGGUUCGCGUGUUUUUCUCACCAAACCCGGAGUUCUCUUGCAGUCGGCGAACCCAGAAUAACAAUUUUAUAACCCGAAACGCCUUCGAUCCACGGAUUUUUGCGGAUUUUCUCAAAAUUUUGCGGAUUUACUCCGGGGAAUCCGGGAAGCGACGAUUUUUUCGACUGUAAAAUAACAUUUACGGCUCUUUGAUUUUGAUUUUUUUAGAAAUUUUUUUGAAAUUUCACUUUUUCUUUUAUUUUUGUGGUAUAAGUUCCACCCGGACUCGAACCCGCUGCUAAUCAAGCGUUUUGUUGCUUAACUUGCCAGAUCGGACGACUUUUUCGGCGUUUCCCGCCAACUUUUGGCAAUCCCUGAAAUUUUUGCACAGUGCGAUGCAAAAUUACUAUAAUAUUUUUUUUACAAUUUCAGAAUAACAGACAAUAAAAAAAAGUUUUUCCAGGUGCGAAAAGUCCUGAGAGGGACCCAAAUGAUCCCUUGCGCAGCCCAUUGAAGACUUUGACGGCUUCUCCGAACCAGAUCAGUCAACCAUCAUCAAGUUCAACAAGUCCGAGGUCAGAUAUGUCGUCGGAUCUGACUUAUUCUUUGCCCAAAACCUUCAACAUUCCCAAUUUGAGUUUGCCGGCGUUGGAGUCGGUUCAAAUCAAAGCGAGGGAUGUGGUGUUGCACCGGAAUGUGGCUGGUAGGUCAUGAAUAAUAUAAUUUUAAGCUUUUUUGUGUUUAGAACAUAUUGAAAGACUCUGAAAUUGUUUAGUAAUCAUAUUUCACACUUCUGGCUAAAAUCUUGUGUCAAAAAAAAGUUUCGAAAAGUUAAAUUUUGAAAUUUUUUUUAAAAAACCAAUUUUUUUUAUCUGCAGGUGACUUUGGCUUUACGAUCCGUCGAAUUCAAUAUCCAAUAACAACCGAGAAUGGCACAGAAAUAUCGCAUUUGGUCUUCGCCGAGCCCGUCGACCACUUGAACGGCCCUCCGCGGCCGAGCGAUCUUCUCAACGGCCUUUUGCCGGGAGACCAACUGCUUCAAGUGGAAGGUCGGGAUGUAAAUCGUCUGAAGCGAGAUGAACUUCUGACUCUGAUCCAAGAAGCAGGUCAAAGCAUCCGUCUUCGUGUCCAAGUCGUCCCCGAACUUGCCGAAUUGGCCACAAAAACCGCGGUUUCCGGGGAUCAGCUUCAAUUAUUUAGCCAGUUCAAAGAAACCGAUCUAAACAUCCCGGAGGAUAAACGCUAUUGGCUCGUACAUUCGGCGGGCUAUAGUCUGGUGGAGGUUGUGGAUCAUCAACCAGAUGGGCUGGUCAAAAUCAAAGUGGCGGAUCAGGAAAUGACCGUCGAUUCGUCGGAUCUGGACAAGGCAAAUCCCCCCAAUUUCGAUCGCGCCAAUGACAUUGCGGCCUUGAAGAAUAUCAACGAGACCUCGGCCAUUCAUUUGUUAAGGAAUCGACUUGGCAGUGGCCUGCAGUACACCUCGGCGGGCCCUCGGAACUUGAUUUAUAUGGCCUCGCAAAGUCAGGAGAUCAAGGGUUUGAAUCAGGAUUUGAUCAGGCUUUUCAAAGGCUGCAGGCGAAGCCAGAUGCCCGCCCAUAUCUACACUACAGCUCAGCAGGUCUACAGACAAUUACAGAUCACGUCGAGGCCACAAUCGGUGGUUUUUAAUGGGGUCUCGGGCUCGGGGAAGAGUCAGCAGAUUCGAAAUUUCAUUGAAUUCCUCUGCGGAUGUGCGGGAUGGACGAAAAGAUUGACUUGUAAGUUGUUAAUAGGACUGUAAGGAUACUGUAGAUUCAAAAAAUAUUGCUUGAUUUGGUUUAAAAAUCAAAUUUAUGUAACUUAUUUUACAGUACAAAUAUCAUCGAAAUUUAUUUUAGACGAAGAAAUCUCUUUGGCGAUCGGAAUUUUGGAAGCAUUUGGCAAUUGUUCAACUGAAUUGAACCAGAAUUCUUCGAGAUUUGUUCAACUGAUUAGCCUUGGAUUCGACACGGCUAGUGGAUUAAAGUAAGCAAAGAAUUUAUUUUCGGAUUUUUAGGACUUUUUUGGCUUUAAGAUUUUUUUUUGAAUUGUUAAUUUUUUUACAUUGGAAGGUCGUAUAAUUAAAAAAAGAAUUUUUCAUAUUUUUUGAAGCCCUUUUAAUUUGAUAAAAUUUUUCGUAUUUUAGCUCGGCGAAGAUCCAAACUUUAUUCCUGGACUUGGAGAAACUGACCUCCCGCAAGCCCACCGACUCCACUUUCCACAUUUUCUACUACCUCUGGGAGGGCCUGGACACCAAAACCUUUGAAUCCCUCGGCUUCGACCUCAUCGAUCGCCCAUUUUUCGACGAAAACCUCUCGGAGACGGAUCGGAAUGCGGCCAGUGAAGCGUUCCAUCGUGUUUUGGAGGCGUUCAGGAAUCUCAAUUUUUCGGAAAAUCAAAUUCUGGCCGUGCAAAAAGUCUUGGCCGCCAUUCUGCAUUUGAUUUAUUCGGGAGCGCAGGGAAAUUUGGCGACGAAAUCAGCAUUCACAAGGCAUUCCAAUGCAGAGAAGGCGGCGGAUUUGCUGGGAAUCAGCUUCGAUCAGCUCAAUUUGGCCGUUUUCAAGGGCUCGCAGAACUUUGAUCAGAGCAGGUAGGGUUACUGUAAUUUUUUGAAAAAUUUUAUUUUAUUUUUUUUGCUGUGAAUGGUGAUAUCUUUUGACUGUUUUUUUGUUUUUCAAAAAAAAUUUUUUAAAAUCAAAAUCAUAUUCCAUGCAUUUCAGCCGUUACAAACUCGUGAACCAAACCGGAAACGAAGCUCUCCAAUCGUUUGUACAAGCCCUUUACAACGAAUUAUUCGGCGCCAUAACGAAUCAAAUCAACAAGUAUUUGAACAAGAGCACCGCCUUCACCACCAUCUCUCUGCUGGACAUCCCCGGCUCCACAUUCUUGAACUCCACCUCCGAACCCGCCGAUCUCUCCGACUUCAUCUACAACUACUACAAUGAGCGGAUCUCCGAGCUCUUCUACAAGUCCAACUUCAAGUCCCCGCUCGAUUUGUACGAGCGGGAGAAAGUGGAGGUGGAAGUGGAGCGACCGCUCGCCACACCCGCUCAUUUGUGUCGAUUAAUCGACCGCAAACAACAGCUCCUGAACUCGGCGGACGUGGAGAAGCGCAGCGAAGAGCCGCGCGGGAUCUUCUUCGUGCUGGAAGAGGAGUCCGUCUUCCCCGGAGCCAACGAAAACAGCCUGAUCGAGCGGGUGUUCAUGCAUUGGGAGGAGAGCAAGUUGGUCCGCCGAUCGCCCAAGGACAGAUUCCAGUUCAAUCUGGGCCAUGGAUUGAAUCAAUUCUCGGUGGGAUACAAGGUGAACGGAUGGCUCAAGAAAAUCAAACCGAGUGGAGCCAUUUUCGCCUUGACGCAGGUGCUCCAGAACACGGAAAGGUGGGUUAAAGAGGUGGAGAGUUCAAAAAAAUUACUUUUUUCUAAAAAAUUUCUAAAAUAAAAACACCGUGGUGUCUGGUAUACCAAAAAAUUUUAAUUUUUUUGAAUUCUCAUCAAAUUUUUUUUCGAAAUUUUUCGAGGUCAGUAGUCAGAUUUAACCCAAAUUUUGGACAUAAACUUCAUGCAGCCUACAUAUCAGUUAUUGAAAAUUUUAGCUCGCGUUUUAUAACCACAGAGGAGAUAUUCAAAGAUUUUUGCGUACGAGAGAGUACGGAGAAUGAGGAGGACGGUCAGAGAAAAAUUUUUUUGGCCAUGUCUUUCUCAAUUUUGUGAGGAACAAGUAGAUUUUUUAUAGAAAUUUUUGGCUUUACAUUUGCAACAGAUAGGAAAUUGAACUUUGAAAAAAUGGAAGAAAUUCCAAACUUCUGAAAUUUUUCGAUAAAAAAUUUUGGUGACUUUCGCAAAAUGUGAGCUAAAAAUCUAUCAUGACCUUUGUGACCUUUCUUCCGUAUUUUUGCCUUUUUUUCAACCUUUGGGCUUUGAUUCUCAAGUACUUCCGCUUUCAAGAAUUCCUAGAAAAAGAAAAAUUAAUUUAAAAAAUUAUCAUAAUCACUUUACAACCCACUCAAAUGUCUCGCUUAUUCUUUCAAAAUCACGUAGCCAUCUUAUUUCCCACUCCCCAUCAUCAACUCCCCCCUUUUUGCCAAAAAUUUUUCCUCCAUUUGCAAGUAUAAUGUCAUCUCUGAAAUAAAGCCUCAGUUCCCGACAACAACAAUCUGCGAGCAGUAAGUAGUAGUCGGAAUAGGAGGAGUAGACUGUGAUUAGUUUAUUUUCGUAUAAACUCAGCCAAUAUUGGAUUGAAACUGGAACCGAGAUUUGGAGUUUCUACUUCCUUCUUUUGGAGGGAAAUUAAUCCGUUUCUUGAGAUUUUUUUGCAAAAAAGCAUGGCAAUUUUUGAAGACCCGUCUAUCAUGUCCGUAUUUUACAAUUUCAGAAGUAGUUUUGUGAAUUUUGCGAAUGAAUUUUGGCAAAAAUUUUUAUUUUUAACCGAUUUUUUGAUGACUUUUCGAAAAAUAAGUUUUCUUAAUGUCAUAAUUAAAAGGUCAUAUUUUUUAUGACCUCAGACCGUUCUCACGGACCCUUUCUUGCAGCAUUUAUCAUCCAAAACAAUAUAAAAAAUUUUCUAUUUUUACCCGUUUAGUCAUCAUUUUUUGCAAAAAUAAGGAGAAAUGCUUGUUUAUACGGAAAACAAGGCCAGGAUAGAGUUUCAAUUACUAUUUGUUGAAUGAAUUUGAGAGUAGAGGCUUGUGUUGCGUCUGUGAACCCAUAUUGUAGCUCGGGGAAUAAGUUUUCUUACUCGGAAGUAAUAUUAUCCUUGGUUUUGGUGAAGAAACAAUUUUAGAUUUUUUUGUCUGAUGGAAAAAGUCGAUUCUAGAUUUUUUAGGGUCUCUUCGGCUAAUUUGAUGCACUUCUGCCGUUUUGAAGUCGUUUUUGAGGCAAAAAUUAUAUUAUCCAUGAUAUUGUAGUAGGCCAAAGAUCUUUGAAUAUCUCGGGUGCUAUUGCAAAGAUUAAGCUGAAAUUUUCAAGCAUUAGUCCAAGAGGUUUUUAGUGAAUCCACGCAUAAUUUGAAGGAAAUCGACCUUCUCGGAUCUGAGUGAAAAAAUUAUAUUAUACAUGAUGAUUUGAUGUCCAAGAUUUAUCCAUUUUUUCAAGUUUUCUUGGAUAAAUAUUAAAAACUUUUUAGUCCCUACAUCUCCGAACUCUUCACAGUGCCCGGUCUGAAGGAAGGCUCCUACAAACUGCGCAGAGCCACCCAAUCAGUGAACGAAAUCGUGGCUUCGGUCGGCGGCGGCGGAGGCUCCUUUGGCGGCUUCUUCACAGCCAUCACCAGUCAAUUCGUAAGUCGGGGAGAGUUGUUUUUGCAAGCCGAAAGCGGGUUUCUGCAUUUUUUUAAUUCGAUAUUCGAGGGAUUUCGGGAUAUCGGUUUUAUUUUGCAGGUUUUAAAACAUUUUUUAAUUGGGUCGAAUCGCGAUUUUUGCUGUUAUUUUGGAGUAAAUGGGGCUGGAAAAGAGUCGUUUAGGGGUUUAAUUAUUAAGUGAUAUUCGAUGUGAAAAUUGGGGCUUUUGCUCGAAAUAUUCAUCUUUUUGACGAAAUAUCAAAAAUUUUAUAUUUUCCCGGAUAUCUGAAAUGAAAAUCUGUUGGUUUGAAUUCGAAGAUGACGAAAAUAGAUGCUCAGUGCGUCGGGAAGUUGACUUUUAUUUUUUAUUCAAUAUAAAAUUUACAUUUUCCCAUCUAAAAUCAUCGAUUUUUAUAUUGUUUUAGUAAUUUCCACCUAUCUUACAAGGAAAGUACUUUUAUGGGGGCUCCUACUUUUUGACGGGACAUAUCUCAAAAAAUCAGAAAAAAUGUGCUGAUCAAGGAUAUAUAAAUCCUAGCUGCCCAUUUUGGGUUUUUUGGCAUGUUUUGGCCGUCGAAAGUUUUGAAAUUCGCAAGAGGAAAGAAUAAAAGACGAUUUGAAAGACAGGGGAACCGAUGAGUGAGUGGCGCAGUUGGUUGCGCAGAAGACUGGGGUUUGUGCGGAGGGGGGUUCGAGUUCCCUUUUGUGAUUUUUUUUUAUUUUUUGUUUUUUUGCUGUAAAAUACAAAAUAAAGUUAAAAAACAAUGAUAGAGGCUUUUCAUUUCCCGUUGGCUAUUAAUUAGAAGUCAAAAACGCGACUUAAAAACAUAAACGAAGCCAAAAAAUCGGCGCUACGACAUUUCGGGUCAGGGACAACUCGGGUCGCGACAACUCGGGUCAACGACAACUCGGGUCAACGACACUUCGGGUCAACGACACCUCGGGUCAACGACAUUUCGGGUCAACGAUACCGUUUAAUAUUUUCGCUUCGGGACUUGGAAAAAAGAAUUUUUUGGUGAAUUUAAAAAAUUUUUCAAUGUUUUUGCUUCGGGACUUGGAAAAAAAGGAUUUUUUGUGAAAUUUGAAUAAAAUUUGAAAGGUUUUCGAGCUGACUGAGUAUGAACUGACUGAAUAUGAAAACUGGGUUUCUGUUACCUUACUGCCUUUAGGGAUUCUUUUUGAAAAUUUUUCGACUUAUAGCACUUUUAGACGUUAAUGGUGUUGUUUUGGUGCCUAGUACUGCUUAAAAAACACAUUUUUAACACUUGGUACUAAAUAGUACUACCUGGUACUAUUUAGUACGAGGUGCAAAUUUGGCCGUAAGGCGGUAAUGGCGUUGGUUUGGUGCUUAGUAGAACCCAAAAACACGUUUUAACACUUGGUACUAUAUAGUACCAACUGGUACUGUUUUGUGAGAAGUGAAAAUUUGGUCAUGAGGCAGUAAUGGUGAUGGUUUGGUGCUUAGUAGAGCCCAAAAACACGUGGUACUAUAUAGUACCAGGUGGUACCAUUGGUUUUAGACAAAAUUUUAGUGCUGCCGGCACCACAGUUAAUAUUCAGUCAGACACCCUUUUUUCUACUUCCGAUGCGAAAACAUUUCAAAAUUUUGUUGAAUUUUCCAAAAAAUCUUUUUUUCCCAGUCCCGAAGCGAAAACACUUCAAAUUUUUUUCAAAUUUCACAAAAAAUCCUUUUUUUCCAAGUCCCGAAGCGAAAACAUUUCAAAAAUUUCUCAAAUUCACCAAAAAAUUCUUUUUUCACAGUCCCGAAGCGAAAAUAUUAAACGGUAUCGUUGACCCGAAAUGUCGUUGACCCGAAGUGUCGUUGACCCGAGUUGUCGUUGACCCGAGUUGUCGUUGACCCGAGUUGUCGCGACCCGAGUUGUCCCUGACCCGAAAUGUCGGGACGCGAAAAAAUCACGGAAGGGUGUCAAGAAACACUCAUUUUCCUGUGACGUGCAGUCAUAAAAUGUCCGAAUUUUCGCCGCAAAAUGUUGUGUCCAUAUUGUUGGACAAAUAUGGUGUUGGGGACGCUGAAGCCGCUGCCAGAGAAGAACAGGAGAUGGCGGAUCGGUUUGUGUAUUGUAUUGAACAAUGUAAGAAUGGGAUGACGUUAGAAGUAGGGGAUGACGUUAAGUCGCGUUUUUGACUUCUAAUUAAUAGCCAACGGGAAAUGAAAAGCCUCUAUCAUUGUUUUUUAACUUUAUUUUGUAUUUUACAGCAAAAAAACAAAAAAUAAAAAAAAAUCACAAAAGGGAACUCGAACCCCCCUCCGCACAAACCCCAGUCUUCUGCGCAACCAACUGCGCCACUCACUCAUCGGUUUUCCUGCCUUUCAAAUCCUCUUUUAUUCUUUCCUCUUGCAAAUAUUUCAAAACUUUCGACGGCCAAAACAUGCCAAAAAACCCAAAAUGGGCAGCUAGGAUUUAUAUGUCCUUGAUCAGCACAUUUUUUCUGAUUUUUUGAGGUAUGUCCCGUCAAAAAGUAGGAGCCCCCAUAAAAGUACUUUCCUUGUUAAUACUAAAUUUUUAAUCUUUUUAUCAUCGAUUUUGGCUCUUUGUACUUUCAGAGGGUCCAAAGUGUCUCGACAAAAAUUUAUAAUGUGUUUCCGAUAUAAACAAUCGUCUUUUUUAUAUUACUUUAGGUCCUGAUAUGACUAAUCUUUGAAGCUCCAUAAUAUCGCCCAUUCUCGUUGCAGGACCAUCUGAUCUCGCUUUUGGAGCGUUCGGACCGUCUUCAUUUCAUCCAUUGUCUGCAAUCCGUCGACGGAACACGUCGUUCCGACCUAAUGGACGUUUCUUUGGUCCGGUCCCAGCUGCGCGCCGGCCUAAUUAUGGAUUCGGUGAGGGCCACGAACCGAGGCUACCCCGAGAGAAUGCCUUUCCGCGACUUCCGGAGGCGUUUCCAAUGUCUGGUCAAGGAGAACUACACAAAUUUGAGCCUGAGCGACACUCUGGAUGACAGAUCCGCCGUCAAAAAGAUCUUCGAGAAAAUGCAAAUUUUCGAAUUCAGAUAUCGUCUGGGCAUCUCACAGGUGUUGGUCAGGUCUGAUGUGUUGGCAGAACUCGAGGAGAAGAGGGACCUUUGUUUGUCGGGUGAGAACUUUAGAAAAUAUUCGAUUUUUUUUACCUUUCUUGCAAGGGAACUACUCUAAGUGCAACGCUCAUUGCCGCCGAGAGAGUGCACUAAACGCGGAGAGCGGGCAGAGAGAAAACCCCUUUUUGGCUAUAACUUUGCUAGUUUCGUGCGGAAAAAAUUGAUUUUUUGCUGAACUAUACCCUUUACGGUAGAAAUAGGUAUGAAACUUUUCGUGCCGAAAUUCGGCAAAAAUUGUCAAAUUUUCGCCAACUUUUGAUCUUGAAAUUUCGGUUGUUUCUGCAAAGCGCGAGCCAGGAUUUUCGCGAAAUAUAUCUUAGAAAAAAUUAUUCUAAAUUUGUGCCAAGUUUCAUAAAAAUAUGAGCGUCGCACUUGGGGUACUUCUCCUGUUAGCUGUUUUUGGAUGGUUUUUUACUUAUUUAUCGGUCAAUUUGAAUAUUUUUGGUAAAUUUUUGCCAACAUAAUUUAAUUUUGGACCUUUUCACACCAUAUUUCAGACUUUUAAACCACAAAUUAAUUUUUAGGACCUGAGAAUUCAAAAAUUUCGAACUUUUUAAAUUGAUCCUACUAUAAUUUUUUCCCCAUUUCAGGUGUGAUUGAGGCCUUCCAACGCGAAUGUCGUCUUCAUUUGUCGAGGAAAUGGCUGGAGAAACGUCGAAUCCAAGAGCAAGCGAUCACUUGUUUGCAAAGAAAUCUCUCGCAAUACUUGAAAUUGAGGGAAUGGCCAUGGUGGAAACUGUUUGUCAGAGUGGUCCCGCUACUCGGAGUGGCACGGUGAGUUCUUCUAAUAUUUUUUUUAAUUCCGUAUUUUACUUUUUUUAGUCAUCAUUUUUGGCAAGUUUGCGAAAAAUGAUGAUUUUUUUCGAUUUUUGCCAAAAAAAUUUUUUCAUUGUACAGGGUGGGCCAAAAAAAAUGGACAUUAAUUUUUCUUCGAUUUUUCCUGCCAUGAAACAGUUUGUGAAAAAACGUAUACAUGGCAUGAAAGUACUGUGUUAAGGUAACAUAUUUACAGUAGAAUUUUUGUCCUAUCUGCAGAAGUUUCUAACAUACGGUUGCAGGAAGGUCACCGGGUCAGCGCGCCAAUUCCCGCGGCAAAAAUUUCAAAAGUUCUUACCCCUAAAAUUUUUAGAGUCGCUGUAAAGACAUACCAAGCGGUCUACGCAAAUCUAGGAGACAUGCCCCCUUAGGCUUGAAAAGGAUUUAGCCCAAGCUUUUCGGAAAAUGAAGAACCAGUGACCAUUUUGACUUGCCGUAUUUUACCAUAAACACUCCAAAUUAUCUUUACAUUCCUUUGCAGUGCCGACGAGAACGAGAAACAAUGGAAACAGCAGCUUCAGAAACUGGAAUCCCAGAAUUCCGAGCUGAAACAAAGUCGAAAUCAGAUGGAUGAGCAGCUGAGAGACAUCGAGAAUCUGCUCAAAACUGAAUGCCAAACAAGCCAGAAUCUGGCCAACAGUCUGGAGAGAGAGUCGGCGAUGAGAGUUCGCUUGGAAGCCGAGAUCAGACAUUUGAAGACAAAAUUGGUCAAUUUAGGUUGGUUUAUGCAAAUUUUUGAGGGGUUUUGGGAAAAAUUUUGA